UUUAUCCGUGUGCAGCCCCAAACUGGGAAGAAGAUGCUAAUUAAAGUGAAGACGCUGACUGGAAAGGAGAUUGAAAUUGACAUUGAACCCACAGACAAGGUGGAGCGAAUCAAGGAGCGUGUGGAGGAGAAAGAGGGCAUCCCCCCCCAACAGCAGCGGCUCAUCUACAGUGGCAAACAGAUGAAUGAUGAGAAGACAGCAGCAGAUUACAAGAUCCUUGGUGGGUCAGUCCUCCACCUGGUGUUGGCUCUGAGAGGAGGAGGUGGUCUUAGGCAGUGAUGGACCCUUCCUCCAUUUUACCUCCUUACCCUGUCGCUCAUAAUGAAGCAUCAUAUAUUCUGUCACUCUCUGGGACACCAGAGCCACUGCCCUGUCCCCUGGAUGCCCAGUCUUGUGUGUCUACUGGUGGGAGACUGUGAGGGCCCCAGGA